CACGCAAUGGCGGCAGACCGAAACUACAUGAGAAAAGAGAUCUUCAAAAAGCAAGCAUCAACCCAAAUGGGAACAAGAAGGCUGACGACAGCAACAGGAUGAGCAGCACAGAAGUUCCUGACGAUAUAAACGAUCGAAACAACAAGAGAAAGAAAGCCCCUCCUAGUAUUCCCAAGUAUGACAUACGUGUAUGCGACGCGUUUCUCGCUAACAGGAGCCAGGGACAGCAUCAGCGUCGUGUGAAGACAGGAGAGGCGGGCGAUACGUACGAAACGAAGAUGCAGUACUUGUUGGAGACAACUCUACAUCAGUACGUUUGGAUUCUGCGUGCCCGAUUCAUGAUAGCGCACUUUGGUUGGAGGAAUGGCGCCCCAAUUAGAAUGACGACGCCACAGGACCAUGCUGAAAUCCGCAGGCAGUACGCUAAUUUCGUUGCUGAUGCUGCUGCUUUGCAUCGACAGAUCUGCAAGGAUCUUAGUGACGACGCAGAGCUGGACCGCGUUUUGGAGUUGGAUGAUAAAGCAGUUUUGUUCUUGGUGCCGGAGUGCACAUUUAUUUUGUCAGAGGCAGAUGCAGAGGAAGUAUGUGGGCUGUAUCAGGAAGAAGGCGAAGGCGAUGCAUAUGACCACAACAACUUGGCCAGCACUUGACAAGCCUUAUGAUGUUCUUGAUGUUGUGUGCAAUUGUGACGAACUACUCACUUAUUUAAGAACCCGUUUAGUAUUGCAGCUGCUUCGUAGAAAUCAAGGCCAGCGAUAUUGCUAUUAAGCUGGUGAGUUCUUAUUU